AUGACCGUACAACUCCUUGACGGUGGCCUGGGUACGUCCCUGCAAGACCACUAUGGCGUCAAAUUCGACUUCUCCUCCACCCCGCUCUGGUCAUCGCAUAUGCUCGUCUCCGACCCCUCCACCCUCCUCUCCUGCCAGCGCGACUUCGUGGCCGCCAACGUCGACGUGCUCCUGACUGCAACCUACCAAGUCUCGAUCGAAGGCUUUGCGCGCACCAAAACCGCACAAUACCCCGACGGAAUUCCCCGCCACGCCAUCCCCGCAUUCCUGCGCACAGCCGUCGAAGUCGCCGAGAAAGCCAAGACCGAUCGCACCGCAAUCGCCCUGAGUCUGGGUCCCUACGGCGCGUGCAUGAUCCCGGGCCAGGAGUACACUGGGGCGUACGAUGCCGAGCGCAACAGCGAAGAGGGGCUUUUCCGGUGGCAUUUGGAGCGGCUCCAGUUGUUCGUCGAGGCCGAUGUGAUCCAUCGCGUGCAGUAUGUGACAUUCGAGACUUUGCCGAGACUAGAUGAGGUUCGGGCUGUCAGGAGGGCAAUUCGUGCGGCCGGCAUCACGACUCCGUUCUGGAUCGCCUGUGUUUUCCCCGGUGAGACGGACGCGCUGCCCGACGGAAGUAGCGUUCAGCAGGUUGUUCGCGCGGCUUUGGAAAAUGAGGACGGCAAAGCGACGCCAUGGGGUGUUGGCAUCAAUUGCACUAAGAUCCAUAAACUGUCCAGCCUUAUCGAGAAGUUCGGAAACAGCGUCGCAGAGAUGCAGUCUGCAGGUCAGAUCCAGGAUGCGCCCAGUUUGGUGCUCUACCCGGACGGCACGAACGGGGAGGUCUACAACACUGCGACGCAAGUUUGGGAAAAGAAAGAAAAUGCCAGCCAUGAUUCGCGUUCCUGGGAAGUACAGCUGGCGCAGGUCGUGCGGGAUGCUCGCACCAAGGACCAGUUCAAAUCUUACCUUGUGGGCGGAUGCUGCAAGGCAUCACACUACGACAUCAAAAAGCUGGGAGAGCAGUUCGGGACCGACUAG